AUGGGGUUCUUACGUCGAAGGGCCAACAAAGUGAAUGCCGCUGAGGCAGUCCCCAUGGAAACUCUGCCGACCUCGGCAUCACAAGCCAAGGCUGAUCUCGAAAAGGAGGCCAGGAAGAAAAACACGCUGCUUGGGGGGCAGCAUCCAUUGUUAGCCCACAACACCUAUUUCCUCGAUGAGGAUCUCGACAUGGGGGCUGACAUAGACAACCUCGACAAUGUCCCGGGAAGUGGCAUUCAGGAGACCACCGAGAAGGAGGAGUCCGCCUACCACUACUACGAUCCGCUGUCGGGAAACACUCGGCUGGCUACCUCUGGAGGGACAGAUAACGGCGAGACUUGGCAAUGGGGGAAGGUGGACAAUGUGCUCAAGCACUCCCUAAAGGAAAGGACUCAUCCCGGAAGCUAUAAGGGCGGCAAUUAUGACGGUGAUGCACGUCUCACGACGGCCAGAUUUGAAGAUUCUGGCGAUUUUGAUCGCAACAUGUUCAAAUCAGAGGAGGCUCCAAAAGAGUGGAUGGCGGCGGCCGACGAUGGUGAUAUAUUUGCCCAUCAGUCCAAGGAGGUCAAGGCUGGAGCUAAAUAGGAACGUGAGAAGUGUUGUUGUACUUGAUUGAUAUGAAUACGAUAAACUUCAUUUCAUCUUUGACUACUACUGCCAAGCUUAUGAUUGAGUAUAGCCUUAGAAGGAGGCCUACGCGGUCAAACCGCGAUAACAAUCUCGUUGCUACUCACUAUUGCUACCAAGUUGAUGACCGGACAUGUCCAGAUUCUGGAUGGGGACUUUGUCGUCUUUACUUCGGAUUCCCCAUCCGCCAAAGUCGACACCAGAGCCCCUUCAUUUCAUUAUUUUGGUUUCGGCUUGCGCUGGAGCUUUCGUCGUACCGUUAUUCCAUUCAAUAAUCUCAAGUUGUUAUCACACAGAACUAUCAUUCGGCUAUCUCCUAGCAUUGCCCAGCUAGAAGCUGUUCUAACCGU